GAAAGCACCAGCAGCACUUAAACCCACAGCACAGAAGCGGAGACGUUGUUCCUCACAUGAAGAAGAAACAUCAAGAGCCACCUUCAGCAAAUUCAUCCUGCAGUGAUUCAGCGGCCCAGCAACAUGCUUCUGUCAGUGGUAGCAGUGCUCUUGCUCUUCUCCUGCACCAGUGGAGAAAACCCUGCAAUACAAGUCCUCCUGACCAACAAAGGGCUUCAGUACGGGAACCAUGCAGGGACAGACUGGAUUCAGGGGAUUUUGGAGUCUGUCACCCUCCCUGACUUCAGUGGCUACGUUACUUACUUUCCCCUGGUUAAGAUGGGAUUCACACUGACAGGCACCCAGAUAAAGAAGUGUGACCUUCCAGAGCCGUCUACUGAGUUCUAUCCAGAUUCCACAGGAUUCAAGACAUCACUGUCAGGCCUCAGUGUUGCACUGUCCGGACAGUGGAGCAACAGCUUCUUAGGAAUGCAUGACAGUGGAACUUUCGACAUGGCUGUGUUUGGUGUGGAUGUGACCUCUGUGGUGAAGCUGGGGAAAGACGCUUGCGGCCAUUUGUCUGUGACCAGUGUGAGCUGUGACGCUCGAGUUGGACGUGUAGACGUAAACUUACGUGGGGGAACCAGACGCACAUUCCCGCGUUUUGUGAAGAAAUUCAGGAGCUCUAUCACACCACAAAUAGAGAGCAGAAUUUGCCCCUAUGUGAAGGAAUUUAUUGGAAACUUGGAGCAACACCUACAGGCCAUGAACGUUUCCUUCGAUGUGGAUCAGGCUCUCACCUUGGACCUCGCUCUCACCAGUUUACCUGUUGUCAGUGUUUCAAGUCUGAGUCUGGGUCUCAAGGGUGAGUUCUACAACAAAAAUCCUCCUCCGUUUGAAGCUCCGUCUUUCACCGUGCCUGAGCAGCAGGGCUACAUGUUGUCCAUGGGCCUGUCGGACUUCACUAUGAACUCUGCCCUGUAUGGAUACUACUCAGCCGGAGUGUAUCGGACCCUCAUCAACGACAGCGUGAUCCCCAAAUGCUUUCCCCUGCACCUAAAUACCAGCUUAAUGGGACCCUACAUCCCUCAGCUUCCCAAGAUGUUUCCCGGUCUGCUGAUGAAUCUGCGGGUUUAUGCCACAGAGGCUCCGGUGUCUUCCUUCCAGCCUGAUGCUGUGAAGCUGGGCUUCCACGGCGCCAUCGAGGCCUUCGCCAUCCAGCCAAACGCUACCGAGACUCCACUGUUUCAACUCAGUGUUGUGUCAAACUUCAGCAGCAAAGUGUGGAUCGCUGGUGAAACAGUGAAAGGCUCUGCUUCAAUGGACAAUUUCACACUGACGCUGGUGGGAAGUAAAGUGGGACCCUUCAAGACUGAUGCUUUGGAAAAAGUUGCAAGGAAAGGAGUAGAGAUGGUCCUGGCAAAAGUGAAUGAGACACUGGGCAAAGGAAUCCUUUUACCCAGACUGGUAUAUGCACGGCUAGUCGACUCAGUUCUCAAAGUGCAUGAGGGGUUUGUCGUCCUCUUCUCUGAUGCUGAGGUGUUUACAGACAGAAGCUUCAGCUCACACACUAACAGAGCUGUGUAACUCUGGCACAUCGAGCAGCUAAUAGACAAGUUUCUGUCUCUGAUUCCAUGCGACGGAAGCUUAAGCUCAAUCACUAAUUUGUCUCAACAACAAUCAAUUCAAAUCAACUCUAACUGCAAUAAAAACGUUUUCUGAAAUAUA